AGACAGUGGCAAAGCUCUGAGUAAGUUGACGGACGAUAUACCAAACAUGUGUCGUGCAUUAUACUCGUCUCAUUAAAAAUUGCAAGAGAUGUAUGAGAGACCCACAAGCUGGAGCGUCAGCGCAGUUUAAUCGCAAAUGUUGGUGUGGCAAGUCCGGCGACGGUUUGAAGUUUCGCGCCGAGUAACGCGCACGUGCCGAGAGCGUGACCGUGGCUACGCGUGACCGGAAGCGCCGGAGUGUGGCGCCCUGUUUAUACGUCUUUGGCUGCUGUUUCUUGUUCCAAACCAUCCCGGCGUCAGCGACGACGACGACGACAUUCGACACGACGACGAACCCUUGCUCCUGGCCACCUGCUGCCACGCGCGACUCAUUCCUGGUGUUAGUCUGGCUCUCAACGUGGCUCUCGGGCAACCCUAAUUCCAAGUCAAGUUCGACUCGUCGUAACCCGCGGGUAUGGCCCAACGGCAGCGCGUACAUCACAGAGUGACUUCCGUGCCAGAGGCCGCUCAUCUUGUUCGCAAGAACCUCAAGACGCGACGCGCUAUUACUUCUCGCAGACGCAUCACCUACGCCAACCCUUAUAUCUCCCCCAGCUCCAGUUCUCACAGUCGAGGCCCAUCCAGCUCGCCUCCCCAAUCUCAGCGCCAAGUGUUGAUCCCGUUACAGUUCAAUCUGCGCAGGUUGCCUUCGCGCUCGUUCGGCGAGAAGGACAGUAUGCGCCAUGAGAUUGACACUUAUCACCGUACUCUUGUCGGGACGAAGCGGAAACGCGCCGUGAGCGGGGCUGAGAACACAGCCAGCGGACGAAUUUUGCGCGGCAGUAGGGUUAAACGGCGUAAAGCUACACACGACUCAAGCGACGAUGAAGUCACCAGCGGUAUGGACGUGGACGAUCAGUCUCGUUGGGAAGCUUCGGACAACUCCGAGGAUGAACAGGACGCGGAUUCAUCCGACAAUUUUCUUAUCAACGAGGCCCACCCUCGGCAACUUCUGCGUCUGCGUAAAGAUGAACUUGUUCGUCUCUACACUGCUGCUGGCCUCUCGGACGAUGCGGAGCUCCUAACGAAGCCUGAAAUUGUCGACUGUAUCAUUGCCGCCCGUGAUGACGUUGCGGAGCUACCACCUUCCUCACCUCCCACCGCUAUCGACAGUGGUUCUAGCGAUUAUUCUUCCGAUGGUGGGAACGUUGCCGGAGGGGAGGAGACAGAUUUUACUGGUCGUACACGACAUGGACUCAGGAGGCGGGCGACCAUGGCCGACCUCAGCCACAGCUCGCGAGCACGGCCCUCGGAUAGAUGUCUUUCAUUGGGUCAGAUUGACCCCGACGCUUACGCUGCGAAACGCUCCAAGUACAGUGGUAUCGUUGGCACCAUACGUACUGGAGGCCCUUCGACUCGGAGGCGAGGGAUGAGCAAUGCUAGCUCAAUCCGAUCUUCUCCUACUUCGUCGGCCGCUGCAUCCCUUCCAUCACCACCCGUUACGCGGUUGCGUAGUCGCAAGUCGUCGAACGAGGAGAAGUCGCCCACGCCUUCAUCUUCGUCUAGCCAUGGCAAAGGCAAGGGCAAGGGCAAGCAGGUGGGGUUCAGCGAGGAUGUGCAAGUCAGCGGGACGACUGCACUUGAGGACGAGAGCGAUCUGACCGACUUGACCGAGAUCGAGGAGUCUAUCGCUGCUACGUCGCCGAGCCCACGGCGCUUGCGAAGCAAGGGGGAGAGGACAAAAGUGGUGAGCCGCAAGGGAAAGGAGAGGGCGGACGACGAUGCUCCCGAUGCCAGCAAAAGGGUCACGCCUAUGCGGAGGGCAAAACAAAACGUUGGUUCGUUGGCCGAGCGUGACGACGAAGAUGAGGAGGAUCAGGACCAGCUAGAGAGUGAUGUUGAACAGGAGGAGGAAGACCAACUAGCGUCGCCAUCACCGUUAUCAACACCUCAAGCUAACGUUAAGCGGACUCCUGUAAAGCGGCGCCUACGACCACGGCGGAUCCAGACGCAUACACCACCUAGCGAUGGUGAUGACGAGCAGAGCGCGGAUGAGGAUGUAGAGGAGAGUAUCGACGGCGAGCAAGAGGGCAGUGAGGACGACGAGAGUACCGUUGCGGGUGACCAGUCGGUUGAGGAGGAGCCUCCUGUCGAAGCCCGUGUCCUGCGCAGCGGCAAGGUGGUCGGCGAGGAAGACGAGGAGUCUAUCGGUGAUGAAGAUGAGGACGACGAAGACGACGAAGAGGAUGAGGACUAUCAUGACUCAUCCGCGGAAAUCGACAUCGAUGCAGAGGGCGAAGUUGAAGAGGGUGAGGAGAACGCAGAGCCGAUAGAUGAUGACAUCUCAGUUGAUCUCACUAUCGCGACCACGAAGACGCUCGUUCGCCUUCGACGCGAUGACCUCGUACGGCUGUGCGAGACUCGCGAUAUCGAGGCGACUGGUACCAAGCCACAGCUUGCCGAGGCGCUUCUGCAAUGGCGAGAGAGGCACUAUAGCUCGCCAUCAUCGACGCGCACUGUACGACCACCCUCCACCACGAGACCUCGUGCAAAUGGCAAACGCAAAAGCAAGAGCGCAAGCCAGACGCCGCCCGUGCUUGAUCGCUCGGACCGUGUCCACCUCGAUGAGCCUCGGACGCCGCCUGUUUCUGAGCGGACGAAGGCCAACGAGCCAGAGUUGGAGCUCGAUCUCGAAAGCUUGGGGUUGGAGGAUAGGGAGAUCCCUCCAGACAAGUUGACGAAGCUCGAGAAGAUCGGUAGCGGUGGUUUCAAGGAUGUUUUCAUCGGCAAGUUCAAGGGCCGCAGGGUCGCCAUCGCUGAAUUCCGUGGGCAACUGAGUGAGAUGGACAUCAAGGAGCUGAAGCUACUGGGCGAUUUUGACCAUCCGAACAUCGUCAAAUUCCUCGGUGUGAGCAUUCCGGAGAACACGAAGGAAACUCCUGUCAUGAUCGUCAGCGAGCUUUGCUCCAAUGGUGAUCUGUUCGACUACGUCCGCAACGUCAAUCCUCCUUCAUUGUAUAGAGUACUCUCUAUCAUGCUCGAUAUCGCUCAAGGGCUGGAGUAUCUACAUACCAGGAAGCCGUCGAUCAUCCAUAGAGACUGCAAAUCGUCGAACAUCCUUAUCACCUCCAAGGGUAUCGCCAAGAUCACGGACUUCGGGUUGGCCAAGGUCAAGCAGUCCACCCGGUCAAUGGUUCGCAGUCUAGUCGGGACAGUCAAUUGGCAAGCCCCCGAGCUCUGGCACCCGCAUCCGAAGUACAACCACAAGGUUGACGUCUUCUCUUGCGCGAUGGUGUACUGGGAGAUGCUCCAGUGGCAUGUACCGAACAAGAAGUUCCCUUGGGAGGGUAUGAAUGAACAUGCCAUCUAUGAUAUCGUAGGCCAUAAGCGACAAAGGCCUUCUAUCAGCGGUUUGCGAAAACAUUGGUGCCCUGAGAUUGUCGAUCUUAUGGAGCGGAUGUGGGCUCACGAACCCAACGAGCGUCCGACGAUGACGCAAGUUGUUGAGGAGCUGGAAGAACUC